GAGACUCUAAAACACGCAGAGUUCGUGUCCUGGACGAUGAUUCCGCAUCGUGUCGUCUUUGGUUCUUACGCGUAAAAAGUGCCAACAGGUUGUUUCCAACUGAGCCUGACGCACCUUGAUGCAGCCAUGUCAAGAUUUAUUUUUAUUACUAUUUCAAGGCUGAUGGACUCUCCUGACUGAUGGGUGUGGACAAAGACGUUUCCCAUCCGUCUGAGCGUGUGACUGCAGAAGAACAGCACCCGAGAAUUAAAGACAAUCGAGAUGGACCCGUCCGAGCAGAAGCACUUCACCGUCGUGGACUAUGUGAUAUUUGCGACCUUGCUCGCCGCUUCCAUGGGCAUCGGGCUGUACCACGCUCUGUCCGGUGGGCGUCAGCGCACCACGCAGGAGUUCCUGAUGGCGGACAGGAGCAUGAGCUGUCUGCCUGUCUCGCUGUCGCUCAUCGCCUCAUUCCAGUCCGCCGUGGCGAUCAUAGGCGUACCGGCAGAGAUCUACACUCACGGCACUCAGUACUGGUUCAUCGGCUGUGCCUACGUUCUGGGCCUCCUCAUUCCUGCACACGUUUUCAUUCCGGUGUUGUACAGGCUGCGGCUCUCCAGCGCUUACGAGUAUCUUGAACUGCGCUUCAGCAAACCAGUGCGCAUCUGUGGAACUUUGACCUUCAUCUUUCAGACGGUUGUCUAUAUGGGAGUUUGUGUGUAUACUCCUGCCUUUGCACUAAAUGCAGUUACUGGAUUUGAACUAUGGGGAGCAGUGCUGGCCACUGGACUCGUGUGUACAUUGUACACAACAAUGGGCGGCCUGAAGGCCGUCAUCUGGACAGACGUCUUUCAGACUGUCGUGAUGUUUGCAGGGCAGCUGGCUGUCAUCGUGGUGGGAGUGCACAAGACCGGAGGAGUGUCUGAAGUCUGGAGGAAAGUCCUGGAAGGAAACCGCAUCUCUGGACUCGACCUAAACCCAGAUCCUACAGAGAGACACACCUUCUGGACUCUCGCAGUCGGCGGGGUCUUCCUCAUGCUGUCCCUGUACGGCGUGAACCAGGCUCAGGUCCAGAGAUAUCUCAGCUCGCGCACAGAGAAAGAGGCCGUCAGGUCUUGCUACAUGGUGUUUCCCUCCCUGCAGCUGGCUCUGGCUCUGAGCUGCGUGAUGGGACUCGUCAUGUUUGCACGUUACUGCGGAGAGGAUCAUUCAGACAAGCUGGGCACGUCAUCGCGGGACGCGAUGGUGAUUUACUUUGUGAUGGACAUGCUUCAAGGUCUGCCCGGACUGCCUGGUCUGUUCGUUGCGUGUUUAUUCAGCGCAGCUCUCAGCACCAUCUCGUCUGCUUUUAAUUCCUUGGCCACUGUGACAAUGGAAGACCUCAUCAAACCCCAUUUCCCCCCCAUGACGGAGUCGAGAGCCACCCUGCUGUCCAAAGCUUUAGCUAUGUCGUACGGGCUGCUGUGUCUGGCCAUGGCCUACCUCACCCACCUCAUGGAUGAUUCGGUUCUGCAGGUGGCUUUGAAAAUCUUCGGGAUGGUCGGGGGUCCCAUUCUUGGUCUGUUCUGUCUCGGGAUGUUCUUCCCGUGGGCCAACGCCAAUGGAGCUUUGGCAGGUCUCGGGGCGGGUCUGGCUUUGGCUUUCUGGGUCGGCAUCGGGAGCAUCGUCACUCGUAGCUCCGGCCCGAGACCCCCGCCGCCCAACUGCGGAGCCACCCUGCUGUCCAACAACACGACCGCCGCCAUCCAGACUGCACUCAGCAACGUCACUCUGAGCCGCCCCUCUGGACUGAAGAGGUUCUACUCGUUGUCUUACAUGUGGUACAGUGCGGUCAACUGCUUCACGGUCGUUCUCAUAGGCCUGAUCAUCAGCUUCCUCACAGGCCCCAUGAAAGAAGAAGAUGUGGCACCGGGCACAAUCUAUCCCGUGUUAGGAAAACUGUUUUGUUUUCUGCCCGAACACCUCCAAAAGAAGCUCUGCUGUGUGUCUCCUCUGAGACAGACGCUCCCCGCAGAAGAGAGGCGUCCUCCACAACACAAAGAAAUGAACGGGCUGGCCUACCAACAAGAGGACGCAGCGUCACAGGAAGAGACGGAGAGCUUCCUCCCUGAGGCUUGUGCACCAGUUGUGGAGCUUGAAACAACCGUGUGAUGUGAAACGGUUAAAAACGUCUUUACACGAAGCACUUGGACUGAAAAACAUGUAAUUUAUUUCUUAUUUUGUUGCCUCGGCGACGAGGAGCGUAAUUUACAUUUGCACUGUCAAACGCUGCAGAGAGGUCAAAGCUAAACACGGCAGGUUGUUGACUCGAGUGCAGCUGAGCCUGUUUUUAGUUUUCUACAUUGCCACAAGUUCGAUUUUGAGUUUUUGUCACCUUCAGGCGCUUAAUGGGAGUUUCCUGGAUGUCCUGUGAAGGUUAGAUCGACUAAAAAUAUACAAACAUUUACAUGUAAAUGUAUACUUGACAAUCCUUUAGCACUACAGCAGCUGUAUGAAUGGUCCCGUGUCACGCUUUGUGGUGAGAUGAUGACGAUGCCUCACCUUUUGUGUGUAUGACUGAUAUCUGUCUGCAUUACAACUGGAAAAACUUUUUUUCUAAGAAGAAUUAAAGAUUUUGUAGAUCAACA